AUGUCAGCAGUACAACGGUGGUGCGUGACCGACGGGUGGCAGUACAGCGGCGCGGUGCGCGUCGGCGGCUCCGCUGCACUUGCACCGCACCGCUGGCGGCGGCCUGACCGCGCUCGGCUCCGACGAUGUACUGCUUGCAUUACCUUUGCCGUGCUCACUUGUUGCAAGAGGUGUGGCGGGUGGGUGUGCGCGCACGUGCCUCGUGCGGAGCGCGCGGCGCGCCGGCACAGUGCCGCGCGAGCGGGCGUCGAGCGCACAGCGCCGCACGCGCCGGCAUGCCACGCUAACGGGAGCAUGCGGCUCCCUUUGCUGCCGCUGAUCGUGCUUGUGCUCGCGCGCCCUUCGGCAGCCGGAAUCUGCUGGUCGGGUAUGGAGCGUGGCGGGCGAUGCAGCUCAGUGGUAGCGUUGCGAGUCGGCCGCGCUGAAUGCUGCGCGGGCGCCGCGCGUUCACCCGCUGCUUGGAGCCCGCAAGACCUUGACAGCGGCGAGAUAUUCUUCUUCAAAGCACUCUCCGGAGGCGUACCUUGCAUUGCAUGCGCAGAGUCUUGCGCGGAUGUGACGUGCGGCUCCGGGCGGCGGUGUGUAGUCCGCGGCGGGCGCGCGAGAUGUGUAUGCGCCGCUGCUUGCCGGCGGGUCGGCCCAGUCUGCGGCACCGACGGCAAGACUUAUCCCUCGCUCUGCCGGCUCAGACGGCGGGCCUGCCGACGACCUGCCAAACAUCUUGCUCUUGAUUACCCUGGACCUUGCCAAGAGGGUAGCUGCGAUCUAGUCCGGUGUGGCGGCGAGAAACGGUGCGUGUUGGACGCAGAGUUGGGUGCGCACUGCGUGCGGUGCGGUGGAUGCAACGUGGCAGGACCGCCUGUGUGUGCAGUCGACGGGAAAACGUACGCGGGCGUUUGUGCCCUGAGGAAAGCCGCUUGUGAGCGGGGUAGAGCGCUACCACUUGCGUACCGAGGGUCUUGUAUAGCUAACGCGACAUGCGCGAACAUCCGGUGUGGCUUGGGGCAGCGGUGCAUGGCGGGCGGCGCGAGCGGCGCUCGGUGCGUGUCGUGCGGGUCGUGCGGGGGCGGCGGCGGCGCGAGGCGGCCGCUCUGCGGCUCGGACGCCCGCACCUACCCCUCCUGGUGCCGGCUCCAGCGCGCCGCCUGUCACGCCGGUCGCGUCGUUGACCCUUUACAUCCUGGCCCUUGCAAAGGUAAAAAUACAACGGACAUUAGUGUAACUCGUGGGAGGAAAGAAGCAGACUUGGACCCGAAGCGCGUCCUAUAGUCAUAAACUUGUAGAUUUAGCCGUUAGCUUCGUAGGUGUUCAUUAGAGAUACAAUUAAGACUCGCUCGACCGACGAACUUCUAAAAACGAUGAUAAUACGAUCCUAGCCCAGAUGUAUAACCAAACAACCAAAGUAUUCUGCAUUUACCGAAGAAUUGGUCAAAUAAUUCAUAAAAAAUAUUCUUGUUCUGGAGUAGAGGUAAUUUGCUUUAUUUUUUAAAAUAAAGCAAAUUACCCCAAAUAAACAAACACUGUACAUUUCAAAAUAAAAUAUGAAGUCAUAUGAAGAUGUCUCUUUAUGCAUAAGAAAACUUCAUCCAAAGGGUAGACCUAUAAUAGAAUAACUUAGAAAUGAUUACUACUUUUGUAUAUCUAGUAAAUAGUUUAAAAUACAAAUCUACAUACCAGUGUCCAAAAUAUAAUAUUCAAAUUUGUAUGUUUCAUCUAGUUUCGACUUUAUAUGAAUUAUAUAAGUAACGUUAUUAUGUAGCGAGAGUAUCAAAGAGCACCAAACGACUGCUUCGCCAAGUCAUUUACGUGCCACAAUUACCGGACUUAAAAAUCUUAGAUAGUAUUAUAUUAUAGUAUUAAACAAAAUUAUUCUGAAUGCACGUUUUUGGAUUUUGUAGAUAAAUAAUAAAUAGUUUUUAAUAAUUAACACUUACAUUAUUAAAUUUGAGCACCAAAUCGUACUUAAUAUUUAGUCAAAAUAUUUCAUAAGUGUAGUUAGCACAAUGUUUGGAAUUUAGAGAUACUAUCUAAUGAAAUUCUAAUUUCCGUCUUGUUGAAAGUCACUGCGAACGAUGCUUGUUUUAGGAUGAAAUGAAAUAGCAACACUUUCAUCGAACUGACAUAAUUGUUCUUUUUAAUUAUUAACUCUUAGUAUAGGACUUAAUUUUAAUUCACGAAACGUGGUUAACGCUUAAUGCAAUAUUUAUUAUUAUUAAGUUAUGAAUAAUUAUGAAGUCUAGUGCAAUAAUACUAUUGAAAAUUGUAUGAAAAUUUAUGUUACGUGUUUUGUUUUGUUUGCGUUUUCAAAUGAAUCGAGUUUCGUAUAUAUUCGUACAUUUUGAUUGGGACAUUUUUGAAGUGUUAUCGAAUACGUUGUCAGUAUUACGUGUAUGUAAGAUUUUUAGAAUAUCUUUAUUUUCGAAACGUUUUACAUUGGAAAUUAAGUGAUGUUUAAUGAUUACUGAUAGACUGUAGAUAAAGAUAAAGUAAUUUAUUGUUACUUUUAAAUUAUUUCCAAUAUAAUUUCCAAGUGUUUUUUUUUGUACGAGUUAUUUACUAUUUGUGGAUUUGUCAUAGUGAAUUAAAAGAGGACAUAGUAUGACGCCACUUUUAGUACACUCUAGACGCCACUUUCUUGGCGUCCUUUUUAGCUUUAAAUAUUUUAAAAGUUUGUAUAACAUAUUAAUAUAUUUUGUAUGUUCGUUUCAGAAACUCUCGUUAAUCGAAAGGCCAUUAUUUCUAUAAUUACACCU